CUCCUCAUCAACAGUUGCAGGAAAAAGCAGAGAGGAGAGAGGAGCUCCAAAAAUGGCGAAAAAGCCUCCAUUUCCUCGAAAUACCCUCGCUUUCUUCUUCUCCCUUCUCCUCCUCCACUCCAUUGCUGCCACUUCAGACGUCGAAUACCAGUCUCUAAUGGCGUUCAAAUCUUAUGCCGACCCAUCAAACUCGCUCACCUCAUGGACCAAUCGAACCUCUAUUUGCACAUGGUUCGGUAUCUCAUGCUUGCAAAAUCGAGUCACCAAGCUCGUCCUCGAGUCCCAAAGCUUGAAAGGCCGACUGUUGAACAUAACUGACUUGACCAACCUUCGAGUCCUGAGUCUUAGCCACAACCAGUUGUACGGACACAUACCAGACCUCUCCUCUCUCUCUUCUCUUCGCCUCCUCUUCCUCUCUCACAACAACUUAUCGGGCCAAAUUCCCGCGCCUUUGCCCACUCUUUUCCGCCUGGAUCUCUCCUACAACUCCCUAGGGGGUCAGAUUCCGGCGAGUCUAGGCUCUAUGACCCAGCUCCUAACCCUGCGCCUCGAGUCCAACCAUUUGACCGGUUCGGUCUCAGAGUUCCUUAAUCUUACGGUCCUGAAAGACUUCAACGUAUCGUAUAACCAGCUCUCUGGGAAUGUCCCUGAAAAUCUUGCCGUCUUUCCGAUUACUUCAUUUUCCGGCAAUCCCAGCCUUUGUGGCAACCCCUUAGCGAGGUGCCCGAUCCGAGUGGCUGGCUCCGUGCCGCCCGCUUCAGCGGCUUCCUCUUCUCUGCCAGCUACCAUCGUUUCGUCGACUCCCGGCUCGGAGCCAGACGCGUCUGCUCGAACCGCACCGCCAACUCGGCAUGGAGCUGGAAGGCUGACCAAAACGGCCGUUAUUGCAAUAGUCGCCGGCGAUCUCGCUGUCGUCCUAAUUUUGACCGGCAUCUUCUUCUGCCUUUUCUGGCGAAAGAUCGCCGGUAAACCGCUCUUCAAGAGAGGCGGCGUUAUCGAGGGUGAGAAGAUCGUGUACUCGUCGAGCCCGUACGGUUUCCAAGGCGGUUUUGAUAGGGGGAAGGUGGUUUUCUUGGAAGGCGAAAACCGCUUUGAAAUCGAUGAUUUACUGAAGGCUUCGGCUGAGAUGUUGGGGAAAGGCGGUUUCGGGACAGCGUACAAAGCGGUUUUGGAGGACGGUCAGGUGGUUACAGUGAAGAGGUUAAAAGAGGCUCAGGUUUCGGGGAGAAGAGAGUUUGAAGCUCACAUGGACGUUUUGGGGAGGUUAAGGCACCCUAAUCUGGUUAGUUUAAGGGCUUAUUACUUUGCUAGAGACGAGAAGCUCCUGGUUUAUGACUACAUGCCCAAUGGGAGCUUGUUCUCUCUCCUCCACGGUAACCGUGGCCCAGGGCGCACACCCCUUGAUUGGACGACCCGGAUGAGGAUCGCCGCGGGUGCUGCCCGUGGCCUGGCUUUCCUCCACCACCACCGCCCUCGCCUGGCCCACGGCAAUGUCAGGUCCACCAAUAUCCUCCUGGAUGCCACCCUCACCCCCCGGCUGUCCGACUUUUGCCUCUUUCCAUUUUGCCCCCCAAUCCCACCACCCCAAAAUCCGCAGAACGCCCAUUCCAGUCAAUCAGGCCGGGGUUACAAAGCCCCCGAGCUCACUGAUCGCCGAAAAGCCUCUCAAAAAGCCGAUGUUUAUGCCUUCGGUGUCCUCUUAUUGGAGAUAUUGACAGGAAAAUGGCCCGAAGAGGACGGUGGGACUCACCUGGUGAGGUGGGUUCAAUCAGUUGUGAGAGAGGAGUGGACAGCUGAAGUAUUUGAUUUGGAAUUAAUGAGGUAUAAGGGUGUGGAGGAGGAGAUGGUGGGCCUGCUGCAGGUGGCGUUGGCAUGCGCCGCGCACAUGCCUGAGCAGCGGCCAAGGAUGUCCCACGUGCUGAGGUCGAUAGAGGAGAUAAGGGGCGAAAGGCAGAGCCCUUCGCACGACUCGUAUGAUGACUCAGUGAUGUCGGACUCGCCUUCAGUGUCGGAGGAUGCCGGAGCAACUAGCCAGUAGGAGGGAGUGAGAAUGAGGGAGAAUUUGGCUUCACACAGUUGAAAAGAGAGAAGUGGGUUGCUUUUUCAUUCACUGUUCUAAAGAAUUUCACCCACAGAUCUGGUGGUUGAAAGCGGUGUUUGUUUGAUUGACAGUACAAUAGACAGAAAGGGUUUGGUUUCAUUCCCAGUUCUAGAGGGAGUGAGAGGUUUGGUUUUUAGGCACAGAGAGAUAUUUAGUAUGCUAUGUAAAAGUUUUGGCGUGAUUUAUUUUUCCAAUAGUUCAGAAUUUCAGUAUGCAACACAAAAUUAAAGGAUCUCUGUCAAUUAACUUAUUUGAAUUAGAGCCACAAUUGGGCUUUUAG